UGUUCCAUGGAUUCCUUUCUCUUUCUCUUUGUUCACCUGUGUCGGAUCUCUGUCCUCGUGUCUCUUUUGGAUUCUUCCAUUUUUCAUUCUUUAUUGUCACGGAUCUGAUUUCUGCAUGAGUUCUCCGGGUCUUUAUAUUUUUCGUUUUACAAUCAGAUGGGCUUAAAGUAGUUUAAAUUCUUACUGUUUAUUGGACAGAAUACAUUAUUAUAUGCCCUUUUUUUCUGAAGUCUGAACUGAAUCGGUGAAACUUGGAUUAGAGGGUUCUUUGGAUUUAACCCUUUUCUGAAAUGUUGCACUCACACAACUCUAUAGACAAUUCAUCUUUUCAAACAAGGACAAUUAACCAAUUAGUUAUUGUUAUGUUGCUGUUAUUUGGUGCCCCCCCCUUUUUUUUUUUUUUCUUCCAUGGCAACAGAGCAUGGAGCAACAAUUAGAGCUUUCUUUUAACUUAUUGAAUGGAGAGUGGGUUUUUGGGUCCAGUGUUGUGUGAAAAUCAUGAUGGCAAGAGUGCGUGGAAGGUAGCUGCUGUGGUUGCUGAGUAUUGACCGGCUGGAAUUUAAUCAUAAUCGCAUUCUCUUUGCCAGUUUUUGGUUUCACAAUGCAGCAAUCAUGGGAAUUUGUGUGGUUACAGUGUGGCUCUUGAAACUCAUAGUUGAUUAUUUCACAGACAAUGAACAACAGAGAUGGAAUACCAGUCACCCAGCAGGAAAAGAGCACGAUUGUCCCUAUGGCAAUCAUAUUAGUGGUGCUAUGUGGAUUUUCUUUCUAUACGGGGAUAAUCUUUUGUUCUGAGAAGGACAGACUUUUGUCAAUAUAUGACCAGAUAUCCAUUGGGUCCCCCAAGGAGCUAUCCAUAAAUCCUCUGCAAAUUAAAUACAUUAGUUUUCCAGAAUGCAGUAUUGACUUUCAAGAUUACACUCCAUGCACAGAUCCAAGGAGAUGGAAGAAGUACAUCUCCCGUCAGCCUACUUUGUUGGAACGCCAUUGCCCUCCAAAAGCUGAGAGGAAAGAAUGCUUAGUUCCUCCCCCAAAUGGGUAUAAGCCUCCAAUUAGAUGGCCUAAGAGCAGAGAUGAAUGUUGGUACAGCAAUGUUCCAAAUGAGUGGAUUAACAAGCAGAAGUCUGGUCAGCAUUGGUUGAAAAAGGAAGGCGAUAAAUUCAUCUUUCCCGGUGGGGGAACUAUGUUCCCCAAUGGUGUUGGAAAAUAUGUUGAUUUAAUGCAAGAUAUGAUACCAGAAAUGAAAGAUGGGACCAUUCGAACUGCCAUUGAUACUGGCUGUGGGGUUGCUAGCUGGGGUGGUAACUUGUUGGAUCGUGGGAUUCUAACUCUCUCUCUUGCACCAAGAGAUAACCAUCGAGCUCAGAUUCAAUUUGCUCUAGAGCGUGGUAUCCCUGCAAUUCUUGGUGUCAUUUCUACACAGAGACUUCCAUUUCCAUCAAACUCCUUUGAUAUGGCUCAUUGCUCCAGGUGUCUAAUCCCAUGGACAGAAUUUGGUGGUGCUUAUCUCCUCGAAAUACACCGGAUUGUUCGUCCUGGAGGAUUUUGGGUCUUGUCUGGCCCACCAAUAAAUUACAAGCGCAGGUGGCGUGGAUGGAACACAACUAUUGAAGCACAAAUAUCAGAUUAUGAGAAGUUGCAGGAAUUGCUGACUUCAAUGUGCUUUAAAUUGUUCAAGGAAAAGGGUGACAUUGCUGUAUGGCAGAAGUCUGAAGAUAACAAUUGUUAUAAUAAGGUGGUUAGAGAUACCUAUCCACAUAUCUGUGAUGACGGCCUUGAACCAGAUUCAGCAUGGUACACUCCAAGUCGUGCCUGUAUUGUGGUUCCAGAUCCUAAGUUUAAGGAAUUAGGCCUCUCAUCCAUUGCUAAGUGGCCUGAACGGUUGAACGUUCCACCAGAACGGAUUUCGAUGGUUCAUCGUGGGAGUGCUAAAGCUUUCAGACAUGAUAACAGUAAAUGGAAAAAACAGACUUUGUACUACAAGAAGUUGAUCCCCGACCUUGGGACAGACAAGAUAAGAAAUGUAAUGGACAUGAACACAGCAUAUGGAGGUUUUGCUACUGCCUUGAUCAAUGAUCCUGUAUGGAUCAUGAACGUGGUCUCAUCUUAUGCUACCAAUACACUCCCUGUGAUUUUUGAUCGAGGGCUUAUUGGGACCUUCCAUGACUGGUGUGAAGCUUUUUCAACAUAUCCUCGAACAUACGACCUGCUUCACCUUGAUGGAUUCUUCACUGCAGAAAGCCACAGGUGUGAGAUGAAAUAUGUGUUGCUGGAAAUGGAUAGAAUCUUACGACCUGGUGGGUAUGCAAUUAUUCGUGAAUCCAUUUACUUUACGGAUGCUAUCUCAACCAUUUGUAAGGGUAUGCGUUGGGAGUGUCGUAAAGAAGAUACUGAGAAUGGCAGUAGCAUUCAGAAGAUAUUAGUAUGCCAGAAAAAGCUAUGGUUUUCGUCUAACCUUGGUUCAAGAUGACAAAUUAUGGAUACAAUAUUUUGUUUUUGAAAAAUUAAAAGUUCAAUUUUAGUCACCUUCGAAUUUUAAGAUUAGUCUUUACAAAACACUUGAAGGUUGAUUUUAGUGUUCGUAAGUUAUGUGAAACUGUACAAUGAUUUUUGUUGGAGACGCCUUUGAGUAUUUAAUGCUGCAUACUCAGGAUUUGAAAACCAAA